GCGACGAGCUCGUCUUUCACCUCUCGGGGGUCGAUAUGGCGUACGCCAACAGCUUGAGGAGGACAAUGAUGGCGGACGUCCCGACGAUCUGUGAGUGGAUGUUGGGGUAUGGCUACAGCUGGAGCUAGAGGCGUGUGCAGUGGGGGCCAGAUGCUCGGGGUGGUUUAGCGAGAAACGUCGAGACGAUUGCGCCAUCUUCACGGCGCAUCGUUACUCUGGAGCGCUCGCACUGUAAGCUCUCUGGCGCGAACAAAAUCCGCAGCUGAUUGCUGUGUUGCGCUAAAACUCUUCUUGUCGCGUCAGGUUUCGUUCUCUACCAGAGCGUUGGACGUGGCUUCAUCGACCACUGCAAUUCAUCACGCUGAAAUCGCGCUGACUCCAGCCAUCGACCAGGUUGCGUUUCACCAAAAUACAUCUCCCAUUCCGGAUGAGAUGUUGGCGCACCGUCUCGGCCUGGUGCCGCUCAUUUCUCGCGGCGCGGCCAAGGGCCUGCGAUACACUCGUGACUGUGACUGCGACGAGGGCUGCUACUAUUGCAUGGUGACACUGCGGCUUAAGGUGUCCGCCGCCAACGCGGGGUACAGGCAGUACAUGGCCAUCACAAGCGAUAUGCUGGAAAUUAUCCCAAGCCCAAACACGCCUCAACAAAACCCUUACGGUCCGCCACCAGAGCUCGGCGAGGAGGAGCGCGACAUUAUCGCGAACCGCGACCCGGAUCUGGGACAGCCCGUCGGCAAGGGCGACCCGACGGCGACCCCUGUGCAAAUUGCGCGCAUCGGCCGCGGUCAAGAGAUCGAGGUUGUCUGCAAGGCGUACAAGGGUAUCUCGAAGCACCAUGCCAAGUGGCAGCCCGUGUCUGCAGUCGGCUUCGAGUACGAUCCGUACAACAAGUUGCGGCACACGGACUACUGGUUCGAGACGGAUGCCGAGGCCGAGUGGCCGCUGUCCUCGAACCACGUCUUUGAGACCGCGCCAGACCCUUCCGAGCCGUUUGACUACAACGCCGUUCCAGGGACGUACUACUACAACGUGGAGAGCGUUGGCUCGAUCCCUGUAACGAGUGUGUUCGAGCAGGCGUGCGAUAUCAUGGUCGACAACCUCGCUCAGAUCAUUCAGAGCGUACAGGAGGAGACAGGGGCGGAUGAGGAGGAGGAUGAGGGCUUUGUCGAGCCGCACGUCAAUGGCGGUGACGGGUACGAGUAUGGGGGCUAUGGUGGUGGUGGUGAUCAAUGGGGUGGUGGUGGUAGUGGCGGCGGCGGCGGCGGCGGCGGAUGGGGCGGCACGGGUAUGAGCCCGCUGCGGCGGUGAGCGGCCCGACGCUGGGUGAUUUGUCUAACCAUCGACAAGUGUUCUAGAGCAUGGUGCAUGCAGC